AUGGCGCUCCUCGAUCUGCCAAAGGACGUGCUCGAGCACAUCUCCGCCCGCCUCGCGCCGGAGGAUCAUGCGAAGCUCGCAUGCACCUGCAAGCAGCUGUGCACAAUAGCCUUUGAUCCCGUGCGGUGGCGCGCCGCGGCGGUCGAGCCGCGCCCCGCCGGCGCACACGCGGACCGUCCGGGACCCUGGCGAUUCUGGUCGCCGCGCCUCCACCGCCUCGCGCGGCGCGGCAACUGGCUCGCGUUCUACGGCCUACGCGCGCAACGCCACGCACGUGCGCAGCGCGCCAUCGCGGACCUGACGUGGCCGGCGACGGGCUCGGACGCGCGCUGGGCCCUGCGCGAGCUCGGCGAGGACGCACUCGACGCGCUGCUCGCCGAGGCCAGGCGCUGCGGCCCCGAAAACAUCGGUCGUCGCCACCGCGCCACCGAAGCGCUCCAGUGCGUCGCGUGCGCGCUCUGCGUUCGCGAAGCCGCGCGGAGCGAGGACGGCAGCGACGACGAGGGCGAGGGCGGCGCGGACGCGCUGCCGGCGUGGUGGACGGGCCCAAAACCGGCGCCCGCACCGCCGUGUACGUAUGUGCCGAACCUGCGCGUGGGCGCCGCUGAGUCGCGGGAGAUCUCGCCGGAGGGGGCGGCGAUGGUGCUUGCGCGUGUUCUGGACCCGCUCGCGGACCUCGUACAGCUACAGGGGCAGCUGGAGGAUCUGGGAGAGGAGUUGAAGCAGCGAUUGCACACCGCGGGGGCGCGGCCGGGGUCGCGGGCCGCGCUCGACGAGCUGAUCGGGCUGCUGUUCGGCGCUCCAGAUGCGGAGGGGCCGUGGGGGGCGCUCGCGGAGGUCGCGGACGCGUCGGCGAGGGUGGAGCACGGGGGGGAGUCUGCGACACACCCCUCGCGCCGGUACUCGCUCGAGGACGUCGGCGUGCCGCUGGACGCGGUCGACAGCCUCUCGCGGCGGUCCGGCUGGAUGGCGACCAUGCUGCGCGGGAUUCCGCCGUUCGGCGGCGCCGACAUCGCGUCUGACGGGGCGGCGCAACUUGACUCAGUUCUCACCCGACCCGUGCCGCCGUGGAAGGAGCAUGGAAUCGGGCUGCGCGCCGCCGGAGUGGAUUACUACAGUCUGCGCAACAGCUUGCUUCACGAGGCGUUUGAGACGCAGAGGGGGAUCCCGAUCACUCUUGCAGUGGCGUUCCAUGCAGUGGGCACACGCGCGGGGAUGCCGGUGCGGUGCAUCGGGAUGCCGCGGCACUUUCUCGCGUCGUUCGUGUACGAGGACGGCGAGACGCUGUACGUCGACUGCUACAACGGGGGACAAAUCAUCUCGUCGGACGAAAUGCCUCAGUGGACGCAGCAAUUCGCGGGCGCUGCCUUGCGCCCAGAGUUCCUGGCACCGGUUGGGGGUGGCGCGGUGCUGGAGCGGAUGUGCAACAACGCGCGCGCGGCGCUCACGGCCAUCGACGCGGCGUCCACGACCCCGACGCGCUGCCUGCUCGCGUCGCUGCUGUCCCUGGCGGAGGUCCAGAUGCAUGCAGUGGCCGCCAUGGGUUGGGCGCCGCCCGGGCGCGACGCGGUCGCCAGCGUCAUCUCGCGCGGCAGCGACAUGCUCGUGGACGCCCGCAGAGUCCAGUACAUUCUUCGCGGGUACACGGAAGCGUUGCGGCCGCGCGUGGACGCCCCGGGCCCUGGGGAGCCGGGCGGUGCCCCCGGCACGGGCGGCGCCUUCGCGGUCGGUGGCGGGCCGGGCAUGGCUCCGAACCUCCCGCCGGAGGCCUUCCGGCAGACGCAGGAGCUGUUCGAGCUCGUGAGCGAGAGCGCGUUCACGCGGUCGCGGGGCUUCGAGAACGGCAUGCGAAAGGCGCGGCGCGAGCGCAGCACGGAGGGCGCGCGGCAGGUGCGCUACCGGGUCGGCACGGUGAUGCGGCACGCGCGGUACGGCUACCGCGGCGUCAUCACGGGGUGGGACGAGCGCUGCGAGGCCUCGCGGGACUGGAUUCGCGGCAUGGGGGUUGGCCAGUUGCAGCGGGGGGAGUCCCAGCCGUUCUACCACGUGCUGGUGGACGUGAGGGACCGGCCCGGGCCGCAGUCGACGUACGUGGCGGAGGACAACGUCAGCGUCGCGCAGAGCUGGGCGCGGGUGCCGCUGGUGCUGCAUCCUGACGUCGGGGCGUACUUUGAAGGGUUGGAGGAGGGCAGCGCGGCGUACGCGCCCGCGGAGGCGCUGCGAUCCGAGUACCCGGACGACGUGGUGGAGUGA